AUGGAAUCAAACUGGAAGCCUUUUAUGAAGUCCACUGCCGAUGAUUGGACAAGCAUCCCGGACCCUGCUCAGCGUAAGCGGAUCCAGAACCGGCUAUCUCAGCGGGCAAGACGUAUGCGACAAAAGAGAGAAGUGCAAUUCGCCUCUGGAAGCGUAGACACCGACGCCUCCUCUGCAGGAGAUACUAGGCCUGCCUCUAUCGAAGCUCAAUUAUCCACUCACCAUGACUUAAGCGCGGCUGUGGUGGACACAUUUGGCUCAAGUCCCUUGGCAGACAGUCACUUUAUCAUAUUAGCAGAUAUGACCGCCUGCGCUGCUCUCGCCGUCAUCGCCCAAUGUCUAGACCUCGACUGUCAACCACGACCAGGCUUCCAUAUAAAAGCUAUGGUCAUAAAUCUCCCCUCAGCUAUCGCACCAACUGAUCUACAAAAGGUUGUUCCACACAAACCUUAUUUAGACAUGUUGCCGUGGGCUUCGCUACGGGAUAAACUGCUCAAAUCUGUGUCUGUUAUCAACGAAGACGAGUUCAUGGCUGAUAUGAGGAGUGGUAGUCUGAGGGUCUGGGGCCAAUUACCGUGGGAUCCAAUGGGUUGGGAGAUGUUUCCUUCGAAACCCACCUACACAGAGGAGCACGUCUCAUCUUUGCAUGGGAAAGUCUUUCUAGUUACUGGCGGGACCAAUGGCGUCGGACUCGAGCUCGUCAACAUACUCUAUUCCAAGGGCGGCACAGUCUAUAUCCCUUGUCGCUCCCCAACCAAAGCAGCAAAGACAAUAAAGGAUGUACAAGCAUCCUUUCCAGAAAGCACUGGUCAUCUCAAGACUCUUCCCCUCGACCUCAACGAUCUUGCUUCUGUAGCAGCUUGUGCCUCUGCUUUUCUGGCACAAGAGACUCGUCUGGAUGUGUUGUGGAACAACGCUGGCAUAAGCUACGCACCUCAUGACGAACUUACUGUUCAAGGAUACGAACCUCACAUGGGCAUCAAUUGCCUGGCCCCGUUUCUUCUUACCAAGCUCUUACUUCCUGUAUUAAAGCGUUCGGCCAGUAUCUCUUCUGAGCCAUCGACGCGAGUCAUCUUUGUGGCCUCGGGCAUGGUGGACAUGUCAGCACCACCAGGUGGUAUACCACUAGAGGAGCUUAAGCCUGGCAAUCAAUCACGAGAUCUCUCCCGAAACUACACUAUUUCUAAAACGGGAAACUGGUUUCUGGCAUCUGAGUUUGAUCGUCGAAUGCGAGCAGACGGGAUUGUCUUUAUUGCUCAAAAUCCAGGCAAUCUCAUGACUAACAUUUGGGAUCGUGUUCCAUGGUUUCUGAAGGCACCCAUCAGAAUCCUACUGCAUCCACCCAAACGAGGCGCGUAUUCGGAACUUUGGGCCGGUCUUAGCACUGAGAUCAAGCUUGAUGACGGUGGUCGGUAUGGUGUGCCAUGGGGAAAGUGGCAUCCGAGUCCCAGAAAAGAUUUGUUACUGAGUUUGAAGACUCAGGAAGAUGGUGGGACUGGUGUUGCGGUCGCCUUCUGGGACUGGUGCGAUAAAGAGACUGCCGAGUUCGCGAAAGAGUAG